AUGGCUUCACCGGGUGCAAUAUCACCACGUGCUCGUAUUUCGAGGAAACUUUCUUAUUCAAAAAUCGCCAAGCAGUUAGCGAACCUCGAAUUAUCAUCCGAUGUUGCCAUCGAUCAUGGCGAAACAGCACGUCGUGAAGGACGUUUCGUUUUCGAGUGUUCAUGGGAAGUUGCGAAUAAAGUUGGUGGUAUUUAUACUGUAUUACGAACGAAAGCCGCAGUUAGUACCGAAGAACUCGGUGAUCAAUAUUGUAUGCUUGGACCGUAUAACGCAGAAAGAGUCAAACUUGAGGUGGAAAUGAUUGAGCCGAACACAGCUGCCAUGAAGUAUGCAUUAGAACAGAUGCAAGAAAUCGGUUUCAAAGUGGUAUUUGGACGUUGGUUGAUUGAUGGAUACCCACAUGUUGUCCUCUUUGAUAUUGGAUCGGCUGCUUGGAAAUUGGACCAGUGGAAAUAUGAGUUAUGGGAGUCGUGUAAGAUCGGUAUACCAUGGCAUGAUAAAGAAUCAAAUGAUGCGGUCAUAUUGGGAUUUCUUGUUGCCAUCUUUAUUCAAAAAUAUAUUUCGGCGAUCGAAGGUUUCGAACCACUGUGUGUUGCACAUUUUCAUGAGUGGCAAGCAGGAGUAGGCUUGAUUCUUUCACGUCUUUGGAAAACGAAUGUUUCGACAGUUUUCACGACGCAUGCCACCCUUUUGGGUCGUUAUUUGAGUGCAUCUGGCGCAGAUCUUUACCAUAAUUUAGAGAAGUUCGACGUGGAUCGUGAAGCAGGCACCCGUCAAAUCUAUCAUCGUUAUUGUAUCGAAAGGGCGGCUGUCAACAUGUCGCAUAUCUUUACAACAGUUAGUGAGAUAACUGGUCUUGAAGCAGUUCAUCUUCUCAAAAGAAAACCCGACAUUUUAACACCAAAUGGCUUGAAUGUCAUCAAAUUCGCUGCUUUGCAUGAAUUCCAGAACUUACACGCCAUUGCAAAAGAGAAGAUUAACGAUUUUAUACGUGGUCAUUUUUAUGGACAUUAUGAUUUCGAUUUGGAUAAAACGAUUUAUCUGUUUACCGCUGGACGUUACGAGUUCACCAAUAAGGGUGGUGAUUUCUUUAUCGAAGCGCUUGCAAGGUUGAAUCAUUAUCUCAAGGUUGGUUUGUAUUCAUCGUUGGGUAACUUUUAUUUAGUUGAUUGUUUUGUUAUCAUUAUUUUGGAUAACAAUGACGACAGUUUCCAUCUUAUGUUCGGUUCGAAGUGA